GCCCGGCUAGGGUUUCCAAAAAAGUUAGAAUAACUUCCUCUCCCGGAGACCUCGGUUUUGCACAAGCCGGCCUUGAAAUCAGAGCCUUUCUAGCAACUCGGGGAGCGUGUGCUCGGCGACCGCGGGCUUGGCCAGCGGCGUGCGCUCUGCGCCCGGCGCCCCCAGCCCCUCGCGCGCCGGGCGGGCGCCAUGGAGGAGGGCUCCAGCUCGCCCGUGUCCCCCGUGGACAGCCUGGGCACCAGCGAGGAGGAGCUCGAGCGGCAGCCCAAGCGCUUCGGCCGGAAACGGCGCUACAGCAAGAAGUCGAGCGAAGAUGGCAGCCCGACCCCCGGCAAGCGCGGAAAGAAGGGCAGCCCGAGCGCGCAGUCCUUCGAGGAGCUGCAGAGCCAGCGCAUCCUGGCCAACGUGCGCGAGCGCCAGCGCACCCAGUCGCUCAACGAGGCCUUCGCCGCGCUGCGCAAGAUCAUCCCCACGCUGCCCUCGGACAAGCUCAGCAAGAUCCAGACGCUCAAGCUGGCCGCCAGGUACAUAGACUUCCUCUACCAGGUCCUGCAGAGCGACGAGAUGGACAAUAAGAUGACCAGCUGCAGCUACGUGGCCCACGAGCGGCUCAGCUACGCCUUCUCCGUGUGGCGCAUGGAGGGCGCGUGGUCCAUGUCCGCCUCCCACUAGCGCCGCGCCACCCACGUCCGGACCGGCGCGCCAGGAGUCUCCUGCGGGGCUGAGUGCAGCUGGCAUUGGGGAACGUCCGAGUCUGCAACUUCUGAAACCUGAACGACCUCCAGGAAGCGCCCCCGCCCCGUCAUCUCGGCGCUCCCGCAUGGCGGCGUCCAGACAAGGGCCCAGCGGCAGCCCCCCGGACCGCGCGGCCUCCGCCCCCAGACGCCCCAGAGACGCCCCCGCCGAGGAAGCGGCGCUCAGGGUCCAUCUCGCCGGAUAGCUCACGGCGCUAUUCUCGCCGCUGUUUGAGAGUGUUCACAGACCCAGCCCUGGGUUCUAUUUUUUUUAUUUUUAUUUUUUGAGGGGGCGGGGAUUGAUUCUGAAAAUCGCUGAAUUCAGGAACACAUUUACGAGGAUUUUGAUUUUGUAUUUCCCUCUAAGUGCCUUUUUUUUUAGUGUAUAUUUUUUAAAAAAAUAAACCAGAAAUGCCUUCCUGUACAUUCUGUUUCAACUGGACCAAGGCUCUUAGCAAAGGAACCUUGAGCUACACCCCCCACCCCCUGCCCCAGCCUCUGCAUGAGUGUCUCAAGUUAGCCUGGAAUUCUCACCUCUCCUUUUCUCUUCCUCCAUGAUUCGCUCAGCUAAUCAUUUUUUUUUUUUUUAAUAUUUUCUGUUUCAGUGUAUAUGUUGCUUAUUUGUUUUAUUUAUUGAGAUGUCUUUAACGAGCUCAGUGACUGCAGUGUGGCUGUGUAUACUGCUCCGCUCCCAGGAACAAUAAAGACGUCCCUGCA